CAGAUUGCAGAAAAGUAGCGUUGUCUUGGAACGGCUUGUGAGUAUAAAGAGAGAUCGAAUGCAUUUGUGAAGUUUCUUCCUUUAUCAUCAUCAUCAUCAUCAGCAUCACCAUAUCUCUGAAACCCAAACGAUCCAUAACUUCAUUCAUCUAUAUAUAUGUUUCUCUGUGUCUCGUUUAUAGUUUCCAACACUCUUUUUUCUUCUUCUUAUUCUGAACCUUGAUUAGUGUCCCUUUCUAAUAAUCACAACGUUCCUCGUUCUUUUCUCCAUCUGGGUAUUCACAAUCUCCAUGGCUACCACCACCUCUUCGCUCUGCACGUGGCUCGUGGCUGCUUGCAUGUCAAUCACGUGCGAUUCUGACCGUCCCAGAACCCCAUACGCUACUCUUCGCUCUUCCAAGAGGUCUCGUAGGAACAAGUUCUCCUCUGUAACUUGCCAAUUCAACAGGGGCUUGAUUUCCUCUAUCUAUGGAUCCAGCAUUCAGGGUCUCAUGAACUCUUUUGAACCUUGCGAUGAUUACUACACUUCUAAUAAUCUUUCUCCUUUGGGUUUCUUCGGUGACAAUGCUUUCUCCUCCCUCUUUGGAUCCAAAACUGUUAAUUUGAAUCGCAGGCAGAGGCGUCUCAACCGAGUCACUCAUUCUGGUAAAACAAUGGCUGUAGCUUUGCAACCUGCCCAAGAGGUCACAUCAAUAAAAAAACCUCCUACAAAGCAAAGGCAAGUAGUUGUGACAGGUUUGGGUGUGGUUACACCACUUGGUCAUGAACCAGAUGUCUUCUACAAUAAUUUACUCGAUGGUGUUAGUGGCGUAAGUGAGAUUGAGACUUUUGAUUGUGCUGAAUAUCCGACAAGGAUUGCUGGUGAAAUAAAGUCUUUCUCGACUGAUGGUUGGGUAGCACCAAAACUUUCAAAGAGAAUGGAUAAAUUUAUGCUCUAUAUGCUAACAGCUGGCAAAAAGGCCUUGGUUGAUGGUGGAAUCACUGAAGAUGUAAUGGAUGAGUUAAAUAAAGACAAGUGUGGAGUUUUGAUUGGCUCAGCAAUGGGUGGAAUGAAGGUUUUUAAUGAUGCCAUUGAAGCUUUACGAGUCUCAUAUAAGAAAAUGAAUCCUUUUUGUGUACCUUUUGCAACAACAAAUAUGGGUUCUGCCAUGCUUGCAAUGGAUCUGGGAUGGAUGGGCCCAAAUUAUUCUAUCUCUACAGCUUGUGCAACGAGUAACUUUUGUAUAUUGAAUGCAGCAAACCAUAUCAUUAGAGGUGAAGCUGACUUGAUGCUUUGUGGUGGCUCAGAUGCUGCUAUUAUACCAAUUGGUUUGGGAGGCUUUGUGGCAUGCAGGGCACUCUCACAGAGGAAUACCGAUCCUACCAAAGCUUCCCGCCCUUGGGAUAUUAAUCGUGAUGGAUUUGUCAUGGGAGAAGGGGCUGGAGUUUUGCUUUUAGAAGAGUUGGAGCAUGCCAAGAAAAGAGGUGCAAACAUAUAUGCAGAAUUCCGUGGUGGAAGUUUUACCUGUGAUGCAUAUCAUGUGACUGAGCCACGUCCUGACGGGGCUGGUGUUAUACUCUGCAUUGAAAAGGCAUUGGCUCAGUCUGGAUUAUCAAAAGAGGAUGUGAAUUACAUAAAUGCACAUGCCACAUCCACACCGGCCGGAGAUCUUAAGGAGUACCAGGCUCUGAUUCAUUGUUUUGGUCAAAACCCCGAGUUAAGAGUGAAUUCUACAAAAUCUAUGAUUGGUCAUCUACUAGGGGCAGCUGGUGGUGUGGAAGCUGUAGCAACAGUACAGGCAAUUAGGACAGGGUGGAUUCAUCCCAACAUCAACCUUGAAAACCCAGAUAAAGGAGUGGAUACUAAAGUGCUUGUGGGCCCAAAGAAAGAGAGACUGGAAAUCAAGGCAGCCUUAUCUAAUUCAUUUGGUUUUGGGGGUCACAAUUCUUCAAUCAUAUUUGCCCCUUACAAGUGAAUCAGAUUUCUCGGAGUUUUACUUUGCUAUCAUUAUAAAGAAGUUGUUGAGUACCAAGGCAAUGUAUUGCAUACUAACUAUACUACUACUCUUUGGUUGGGUGAAAAUAUAUGCGGUGUGGAUUACUUGGUUGGAUCAGUAACAAUUUGAGAAACAUUGUUGGAAUGGGCCCUAUGGCUAUAGAAUCAGAACGUUGAAGGAUUGUCUGGUGCUCCUGGUGUGGGAGAGUGAGUAUAUCCACUGGCUAUAUACCCUUAUCUUACCAUGAAUGGUUAGAUUAGGAGUUGACCCUCUUUUGAUGUAACCUUUUAACAACCACUUCGUUGGAUAUAUAGUCUUUGUUUUGUUUCAAUGUACACAUAGACGCCAUGGCUGGGCAUUGCGACGUAAUUAAUUUUUUUGAGCUGACUCACCGAAUAGGUUGUGUUUUUCACCGAAAUUUACACCCUCGAUAUUCAUUUCAAUUUAAUGAAGAUUUU